AUGGCGCGGGAGCUUUGCCCCCGGAUCCGGCUGGAGCGUGUUCAAGAGCUGCUGGAGAAGCAGCGGGCCCUUCAGCAGGUGCUCAGCCUGCGCCUGAAGGAACUGCGCCGGGUGUGCCUGCAAGAAGCGGUGAGGCCUGGCGGCAGGGGCGAGGGGCUGGACGUGGGCGGCCGAGGAAGGGGGGCGCUAGUUCUGGGUGAGGAGGCUCUGCAGCGGGAGCUUUGCCCCCGGAUCCGGCUGGAGCGGGUUCAAGAGCUGCUGGAGAAGCAGCGGGCCCUUCAGCAGGUGCUCAGCCUGCGCCUGAAGGAACUGCGCCGGGUGUGCCUGCAAGAAGCGGAACUGACAGGAAAGCUGCCCCCAGAGUACCCGCUGGAGCCAGGGGAAAGACCCCAGCCUGUGCGGAGGAGGCCGGCCCCUGCCUAUCGGAUCCCCGCUGCUCUAAAGAAUGAGGAAGCGUCUUCGCUGGAGGAGCUGGCCCAGGAGCUGGCGCUGCAGCAGCAAGUGGUCGAAGCGGCUCGGCGCCUGGCGGUGGCCCCAGAGUUGACGGCCGAGCAGCGUCGCCGUCGGAGGCAGGUCCAGGCAGACGCCGCCCAACGCCUUCGGGAGCUCGAGAUCCAGGUGGUCGAGUGCCGGGUGCGGCUGAGCAAAGGAGCCCCUCAGAGAGGCAGCCACGAUGAAGCUUUUCAUUCGGAGAGCAGCUCCCUUUCAGAAUCGGCCAGUCACGAAAAUGACGACCCUCACGGCUUCCACCCCUCCAGAGUCCCCAAUCACCAGGGCCCCUUCCCUGACCGACCUUCGCCCCCGAAAGCCCGUGAUCAUUUACGGGCCAUCUCCAGCAGUCCCGACAGACGCCCCGGGUGGCGGCUUCUGCAGCCGGAUCUCUACAACGAGGCCAAGGACCGCAGGAACUCGGUCGCCAGCCCAAACAGCCCGAACCGCACCCUCCCCAGGAGCGUGUCCAGCUUCGAGGGCCGGAGUGUCCCAGCUACGCCAGUGCUGGCGAGAAAUGCUUGCAGUGGGACCCACCAGUUCAGGUAGGAGGGCACUCCCCCAGCGCUCCCCCCCCGCCAGUGGUCAGGCAGCCACGAUUCCCAGCUGGGCCCUCCAAGCCGCGACACCAGCGCCGACCGGGCCUCCAUUUUCGCCGCCCGGACCCGCCGCAGCAACAGCUCAGAGGCCUUGAUAGAACGAGCCCCUUCGGAGGACCCUCUCUUGCCCUCCGCCCCACCUUUCAAGAGCACAGAAGCCCUGACCCCUUCCAUCUCGGGCCGGAAUCCCCGCCCGCCCUAUAGCGAUCUCCUUUUGGACUACUACCUGGAACGCAGGUGCUGGGGGGGCGGAGAGCACCUGUCCCGCCGGGACGGGCCUCCCCAGACGGAGUGGGCGGCCUUCCCGGAGAGCCCUUCGCAGCGCCGGGCCCGCCCGGCGGCCCGCACCAAGUCCUGUGGCCCGCUGCUGCCCCCCCAGUCCCGGGAGGUUGGCUACGGCCCCCCGUUGCCCCCUCACCGUAACUUCCACAAAGCCCUAGCCCUGGAGGGACUCAGGGACUGGUACUUGCGCAACGCCGGAGUCGGCCAGCGGGGGGCACCGGAGAGACGGGGGCCGGCCCAGUCCGUCCAUCAGCUGCGCAGUUACUGUGAACCGGUGCCGCCCAACCCGGAGAUGGGCUACUACGGGGGGCCCGGAGGGCUCCCCCACUCUCUGAGCUACGCCGGGCAGCCGCUCUAUGGCAGACCCUUUGGGGAACUGCUUUACGCGGACGACUCUGCCGGCCCCUAUGCCCUGGACUCCACGGAGCACCCGCCCCCGGGGACCUUGGUCUGAUGCCGGCUUUCUUUCCCCCAAGGGGAACUGCAGUCCUCUUUCCGUCGAUCUCGCUGGUGCCUCUUCCUUUGUUUUCGUUUUUUUCCUCCCGUGUUCUACACCACGUGUUGUGUGGGACUCCCUGCUGGCAGGGUUUGUGCGUUUGUGUGUGUGUGUGUGUGAGAGAGAGAAAGCGUGGACUGUUGCAUGUUAUACUAGAGACACAACGGGGGGGCAGGAACGUGUCCCCGAUUCCCGCACAUUGUGAUCCGUUCCCCCAAAUAUUGGGGCAUGUGUCUGCUGUACCAACUCUGUCGCCGCCGCCCCUCCGAAGGGUUUGAAUACUGUUGUAAUGCUCUCUUGUGGUCACAAAGACGUUGUCGAGGCAAUCUAAGACCUUGGGGUUUAUAGCCGGGAAGGGGGGAGCUUGUGUGUUUUGUGUAUGCGCGUACGUUGGGUCUCCCCCCCCCCCUUGUAGAACCUCAAAUAGCACAGAGCGUCAACCUGCUAAUGAACAUCGGCCCUGGAGAAGAUAAACCCCCUUGUGUUGCCGGAAGCGCAUUGUCUCUGCCGAUGCGCCUCCCCUGUGUUCUGGGCAGGUGAAAGACCAACUCCUGGAGAGUGAUUUGGGAGAGAGCCCCCGUCCCCUGGGUUGCCAACCUCCAGGAGGGGACCUGGAGACCUCCCAGAAUUGCAGCUGACCUCC